CUCAGGACAGAGCAGAGCUGCAACCCCUGGUGAGUUCUGACCUCAAUUUCCCUUUCAGGAUGAACAAUCCCAGGGCCCUCAGCUGCUCCUCGUGUGGCCCUUUCAGACCCUUCACCAUCUUCUUAGCCCAGAGUUACACCUGUAUGUAUUUCCUAUUUUUUUUUUCACUGGGAUUCACUGACACUGGCCAGUUUUAAUGCCAGUGUGGUGGGGAAGAGGCUGUAGCAGCACAUCUUGCACCACUCAGCAAGCAUCACAUCUUAGCCACUUGUCCUUUUUUAAUUUGAGCUUUGUUCAUAGCCUUCAUCCGUAUUUGAGUGUGCAAUGGGCUUGUGGUUGCACACAAUUCCCAGGCAGAGGCCAAUUCUGCCUGUUUGUGCUCGAAUUCCAAGCUCCAGAAUGCUUACUAGUCCUGCUUUUUGUGUCCAGGUGGAUGAAACACUCCUCACAAGCGUUUAUUAAGUUGAUUUUCAGUCUGUUUGAUCUUAACUUGCCUCUGCUUGAGCCUGAGGGUCCCACUUUUCUAUGUGCCUUUCUGAAUCUUUGUGUCCUCAAGAUGUCUCACCACAUGAACAGCUCCAUGGUGCCAACGUCGCACCCUCCCGAGCAUCACCACCCCACCACGGCCUCGGGACACGGUCACGACAUGAUGAUGAUGAUGGCCAUGACUUUCCACUUCAGCUAUGAGAAUGUGCCAUUGCUGUUCUCUGGACUUACAAUCAAUUCUCCUGGAGAAAUGGCUGGUGCUUUUGUGGCUGUUUUCUUCCUGGCCAUGUUUUAUGAAGGCCUUAAGAUUGCCCGGGAGUGUCUGCUCCGGAAAUCCCAAGUCAGCAUCCGCUAUAACUCCAUGCCAGUGCCUGGCCCCAAUGGCACCAUCCUGAUGGAGACACACAAAACCGUGGGCCAGCAGAUGCUGAGCUUGCCCCACCUGCUGCAGACUGUGCUGCACAUCAUCCAGGUGGUGGUCAGCUACUUCCUCAUGCUCAUCUUCAUGACCUACAACGGGUACCUGUGCAUCGCCGUGGCCGCUGGAGCAGGCACCGGAUACUUCUUCUUCAGCUGGAAAAAGGCAGUGGUGGUGGAUAUCACAGAGCACUGCCAUUAACACUGGGUGUGCCCUCAGGCCUCUCCACCCCAUCCCUGCAAGAGCAGCCACCCGAGGACUGGAGCAUUCCUAAGCUGCCAAGAGAAUCAUGAUAAAAAAAAAAUCAACUGGAGUUCACCAUGGGUUCCUGGAGGGGUGCAGGGAUGUGAGGAGCUGGGACACGCUGUUCCCCUUGACUCUUGAGUCCAUGGCAGCCGUUCUUGGCCAGGAUUUGCUUCAUUCUUAGAUUAUGCUGUGAUUGAAAUUAGUUGGCUGACAGAACUGUAGAAAUUAUUAUUCUAAAAAGAAAAGAAAACCAGUUUAUUUUUAAAUUGUAAAUGCUCGUCAGUGAGGGUUUAAUGAACGUGAGGAAAAGAUCAAAGUUGCCAAUAAUGUGUGAAUGGCUGUUUUAAUUUUGAUUUUCUUGCAAUGUGUACAUAAUGCCAGGGGACGAGAUUGCCCUGGCAUUGUGGCUUUUGGGGCCAAUGACACCUUUUGCUGUAGGACUCAGUCUCUGAGAAUGAUUUGGUGCUGCACAUCAGAUACGCUCAGGUGUGUCCUGGCAAGGGAGGACUUUGACCCAAGGAUGUGACUUGUGUGCUUCUGUGGUUGGAUGAACCUGCCCUCCAAGCCCACCAGAGGAUGAUGAGUGUUGUUAAUCUGAUGUGUCCAGCAGCUUUACUCAGUCCCCAGGGAGAACACUUGAGUUUGGUUGCUUUCCCUUUCUAAUUAUGGAUCAGAUGUAGGAUAAUAGUUCUGUAUUUACAGGGCAAAAAGAUUCCAAAUAAACCAUUGAUCCCACAGGUACUUCAUGUGGAACUGCACCUGGAUGGAACUAGAGCUAA